AUGGUGAGUCGUAUGUAUGGCCAUAUUGGCUGUGCUACCAACAAUGAAGCAAAAAUAAGAGCCCUUGAGGCUGGGCUUUUACUCUGCAAAGAGAAAGGUUUAACUAAUGUACAGAUUGAAGGAGAUUCUCAGAUAAUUAUAAAUGGUGUGACUAGCAAUAGGUUACUUAAUUGGAAACUAGCUAAAUGGUUGCCUCGCAUUCAGUUCUUACUCCAAGCAAUUAAUCCAUAUGAAAUAUCAAAUAUUCACAGGGAGGGAAAUCGAGUAGCAAACCUAUUAGAAAAUGUAGAAGUCAAUUCAUAUGCUGCAGAAGUGUCAGUUGAUCCCAAGACACUAAGUUCAGAGAUUACGAACUUGUGCAAAAAAGACCUAUCGAUACGGAAAUGUGACGGAGUGGGAUGA